AUGGGAAAACAAAGAGACAUUUUGGACAAACUGGCAGGGACCUUUCAGAUCCGACAUGCGCUCCUCCGACAGGCCCUGGCAGAGUGCCUGGGAACCUUUAUUCUGGUGAUGUUUGGUUGUGGUGCAGUAGCACAGCUGGUGCUGAGCGGAGGCUCCCAUGGCACAUUCCUCACCGUCAACCUUGCUUUUGGUUUUGCUGCAACAUUAGGCAUCCUUGUGAGCGGACAGAUCUCAGGUGGUCAUCUGAAUCCAGCCGUGACCUUCUCACUGUGUUUACUCAGGAGAGAGCCUUGGAGGAAGUUCCCGCUCUUCUUUUUCUUCCAGACUCUCGGAGCCUUUCUGGGUGCAGCGGUUGUAUUCGGCAUGUAUAUCGAUGCAUUAUGGGACUUUGGCCAGGGGGAGCUGAUUGUGGUGGGGACAAAUGCCACAGCUGGGAUUUUUGCCACAUAUCCAUCCAAACAUCUCACGCUGGUUAAUGGAUUCUUUGAUCAGAUUAUUGGAACAGCUGCAUUGAUUGUGUGCAUCCUGGCCAUAGUCGAUCCAAACAACAACCCCGUCCCUCGAGGUCUGGAGCCCUUCACUGUUGGCUUUGUGGUGUUGGUCAUCGGCCUGUCGAUGGGUUUCAACUGUGGCUAUGCCGUCAAUCCAGCCAGGGACCUUGGACCACGCAUCUUCACGGCUCUUGCAGGCUGGGGUGGAGAGGUUUUCACAGCAAACACCUACUGGUUCUUUGUGCCCAUCUGUGCACCCUUUUUGGGUGCAGUGGUGGGUGUGCUGAUUUACCAGCUGAUGAUUGGAUACCAUUUAGAAAGAGAAGUGCAGGAGAGGCAAAAGGAGGAGGAGGAAAGGUUCAAACUUUCCAGUAUGACAAACAACGAAAAUGCAUGA